AGUUGCUUUUUAGUCGUCGUCAAGAGUUGAGGAAAAACAGCAUAUAUAAAAAAAUGCAAACAUCGCAGAAACUCUUGAUCUAUAAUCAAUUCAAUAAAAAUAUAUUUCGAGUCAUAAGAGAACGCUCGACAGUAGCUGCAACAGUUUGUCCAUAUGCGUCACAAACCGAAACAAAUGAAGUAGAAAUUGCGAGAAUUAAAAAUGAAACGACAACAAAAUAUCUUCCGUAUACACAAGUGCCUGGACCAAAGCCUUUGCCGAUCAUAGGAAAUACAUGGAGAUUCGCACCGAUUAUUGGUCAAUUUAAAAUUUCUGACAUUGCCACAAUGUCAUUUUUACUUAAUCAAGUUUUUGGAAGAAUCGUAAAAGUCAGCGGAUUAAUGGGAAGACCAGAUUUACUUUUUGUCUAUGAUUGCGAUGAGAUUGAAAAGUGUCAUCGAAAUGAAGGGCCAACUCCAUUUAGACCGAGCAUGCCAAGUUUGGUUAAAUACAAAAGUGAAUUACGGAAAGACUUCUUUGGUGAUUUACCUGGUGUAGUUGGUGUUCAUGGUGAACAAUGGAGAGAAUUCAGAUCGCGAGUUCAAAAACCAGUUUUGCAGUUAUCAACUGUACGUCGAUAUGUAAAACCACUCGAAAAAGUAACAGAUGAUUUCCUGCAACGGUGCACACAACAUUUAUUAGAUGAAAAAAGUGAGCUCCCAAAUGAUUUUUCCAAUGAAAUUCAUAAAUGGUCAUUGGAGUGUAUCGGACUUGUUGCUCUUGACACACGUUUUGGAUGUUUAGAUGAAAAAUUAGACCCCAAAAGUGAACCACAACAGAUUAUAAAUGCUGCACAAUUUGUACUGCGAAAUAUCGCAAUAUUAGAGCUUAAAGCACCAUACUGGAGAUGGUUCCCAAGCAUUUCACCAAUGUGGAAACGAUAUGUUGCCAACAUGGAUUAUUUUGUCGAAAUUUGCAUGAAAAACAUUAGUAAAGCAACUGAAAGAUUAAAGGCUGGCAGCGAAGGUGCACUUGACGGUGAACCGUCACUAAUUGAACUAGUGCUGAGAGAAGAGAAAAAUGAGAAAUUGGCUACAACGAUGGCUUUGGAUUUAAUUUUGGUUGGCAUUGACACAAUUUCAAUGGCUGUUUGCUCAAUUCUCUAUCAAUUAGCAACGCGACCAGAAGAGCAACAGAAAAUGUACGAGGAAUUGAAGAGAAAUAUUCCAGAUCCAAAUACUCCGCUUACAAUACAAACAUUAGAAAAGAACAAAUACACAAAAGCAUUUAUUAAAGAAGUUCUUCGAGUUUACAGUACAGUAAUUGGUAAUGGGAGGACGUUGCAAAAAGAUACUCCAAUUUGUGGCUACAUGAUUCCGAAAGGUGUACAAGUCGUUUUUCCUAAUCUUGUCGUCGGUGUAGAUGAUGAAUUUGUUUCUGAUGCCAGAGAAUUUCGCCCAGAGCGAUGGAUUAAGAGCCCAGAUAAUGACACAAACCUCCACAAAUUUGCAUCACUUCCAUACGGACAUGGAGCGAGGGUAUAUUGGGAGCAUAUUUAUUUUUAUGCCUGUAAAUUUAAAUUGAUAUUUUUUUUACAGAUGUGUUUAGGAAGACGCUUUGCUGAUUUAGAAAUGCAAAUUUUACUUGCCAAACUCAUCAGAAAUUAUAAACUGGAAUAUAACUAUGCACCACUCAAAUAUGCCAUCACUUUCAUGUAUGCGCCUGAUGGUGACUUGAAAUUUAAAAUGACGCGACGAGAGGAAUAAACGAGUCAAUAUUAUGUUAUGUUUUGUAUGUUCUAUUUGAUUAUAUCUUUAUUUUAAGUCAAUGAGGUAUUUCAUUAUUUGUAUCAUUAAUUUUGCUGUAUUGUCCA